UAAAGCUGACAUGAAUUAAUAAAUAUAGUAUAAUUCUAUAUGUCCGCCAUAUUUCUCUGCUAAUCCGUCAUAUUAGUUGGAAUUUCUAUUGUUAUAUGUAUCAGGGUUCGCAUGGUAUAUAAGGGGACGAGCUUUGCUACGCUUCACUUCACAUCAGUGUCUCCGAUUUACCUGUGCGGGUAGCUUCGACAGGUAACACGUACAUCUCCGAUACUAAUUUAUAGGACAUCAAGAAGAAAUGAAAUCACGUUUUGGAACACCACGCAGUGCUCAAAAUUAUAAUAAACAUAUCGUACAGUAGUAAAUCAUUCUAAAUAUAUAUUAUUGGAUAAAUAUAUAUAGAAUGCCUUUUCUUUACGUGAACGUGCGUACAUUUGCAGUAAAUAUGUCAAAACUAUACAAAAAUGCGGACAAAUAUUUUAUCUUUUAUCUAUUGAUAAAGUGGAAUAAGCAAAGAGUAUACAAUCUAUACCAUUCACAAUUACUUCAAGUAAAAGGCAAAGACAUAAAUACUACUGUACUUAUAAAAAUGGCAUGUAUGCUCGACAUGAAAACGCAUCGAAUGCGGACGACUAUUUACAUGUACCUGGGCCUACUCGUAAUAUCUGUAAAGGACCGCAGAUGUACGUGUACACUUGUCGAAAAUACUGUAAGUAGUAGUAAAACUCCCUUUAUUUGCAUAAUCCAUGAAACAAAACGAUAAACUCCAUUUGCAUUCCAACAGUAAACAACAUUGUCCAUUGUACAGACUGCGACACACUUAGCCCGUGCCGAUCAGCUAUCUUCAAUCAGGGGAAGUAUCAGAGUAUAAUAUUUACCCUGUAUUGUGCAUGAAUCCGUAUACCAUAUGAUUUACUGGUCAGAGUAUUGCAGAUUUAUAAAUCAGGAAAUCAUUUCGGUACAUAAAUUUGCAUAUACAACACUAUACGAGUGUAUGGGAUGAGAGAGAGAGAGAGAGAGAGAGAGAGAGAGAGAGAGAGAGAUAACAACGAGAGAGAUAACUACGAGAGGGAGAGAGAACCGAUGAUCUUGAUAUAAUCGUGCUCUUAUUAAGACAAAUGAUAUCGUUAAUUCAAUAAAAAGAGAACAGUACUAGUAACUCAAUAUUGCUCUCAUUAAUUGAUAAUACAGAUUUAUUUGAUUCAUUUAAAGCACGCAAUAAUUAAAAAUUAAACAUAUUUUUAAAUAAUGUUAUUUUCAAUUACUUCAUUUUAUGCUAAUUUGGCGCUCAAUAGAUCUUAUAUAUCUAUGCCAUUUUGCGUUAUUACAUUCUGCGUCUAACUCGACUCAAAUUGUACUAAUGCAAAAUGUAAUAAUCGAGUUUAUCAUAUUAUGCGUCGUUAUCAAACAUCAAGGGGAGUGGACAAGAGUGUCUGUCACCCACCUUUAAUAACAAUAUCCAAUUUUUGUUAGUUUGUAAUGCAAAUAAAAGAUACAUUGAGUGACAACCCCUCCCCCACUUACCCCAGCUUGAAAGUUCUGAUAUAAUAGUAGAAGACACACACCACCACCAAUUAAGAAAAUGAAGAUAUGAGGCACUCAUAGUAGAGGACUCUAACCACCCCAUCCGACACCCAACGAUUGAAGAAAUGAAGUGUAGGGGGAAAUUAUUGAGGUAGUCAAAGUAAAAGACUCUUUAACCCUUCACCCCCACAUUAGGACUUUGAACAUCGGACAAAACAUCUUGGUUUGUUUGAGUGUUUUGUUUUAUUUUAUUGCUGUUUUCGUUCAUCUUUUUUAAUUAUUAUUUUGAAUGGCAAGAGAUUUUGAAGAAGCCAAUUUUCCAUUUUUGCCCCUGUUGUACCCCCCCCCCCCCCCCCCCCCCCCCAUGAAAAAUGACGAUACAUGUCUGGUUAUUACAUGUACAUUUUGCUUUGAAACACAUGCAUGUAUACUAAUUGUAUGGUGCAUGUAGAAUUGCACCCUUUACCAAGUUUUCCUUCAUUUACACAGUGUAAGGAAUGGUAAACCAAAAUCACAAAACAAAAUGCAUAAAGACCAAGAUAUUUUCAAGCGUAGGAACUUCAUUCAUGAAUACAUAAAUACAUGUAUUCAGAAAAAUCGCAUGCAUGCAUUGCAGGACUAUAGCAUUUGUGUGUUUUAACGUUUCUGUAACAUGCCAUAAUGAUUACUUUGAGGCUUGAGUGUAAUUUAUUCAAAAAUAUUUUCAUUUCGUAGAUCUGGCGCAAUGGCCAUACCGCUGUACGUAGAAAUUUCAAAUUCAAAUGUAUUCGAUAAGAUGUUAGCAUGCAUAAAUCAGUAAAAUUCGUGUUGAGGUUUUAUUUGAUAUGAUACAAUGUCAAUAUACUGCAAUGCAUUAGUAGGAUAUGUAAAAGUCAAGCGUAUAAACAUUUUCUUUUUUCAUUAUCAGUAUCAAUAUCUAUAUGAUCACGAAAAAACAUUAUAUAAUUUAUAUCCGGAUUCAUUUAUACCGAUUUAGAUAUCAAUAAAAACAAAGCUGCAUAGUUUGGGAGAGGGGUUUCGAAUGAGUCUGAUGAAAUUUAAAGAAGGAACCCAACAUUUGCAUUCAAACUAGAUGUACUUCAAAAUGAAUUCAUUUCUGCUCUGACUGAAAGCAUGAUUCUAAAUUCGGGAACGAAUCUUGCAUACAAAAUAAUUAAUAGGGGAACACAUAAAUUCGAGCUCCUUUGGAAUUUAAUGAAAUGUAGAUAUGCACCUCUCUUUCAACACGAAUUGAUAUGUUGUUUCAGGCACGAAAACAGGGGGUUGGGGUGGGCAGGAAGACUGGCCUGCUUUUCCCACUUUUUUUGACAAUUUACUCUUUUCCCGUUAUUCUAACAUACAAAGUCAGUAUUUUCUACAUGCACAGUUUUCUUUUUUUAAAAUUUGUAAUGAAUUCAAUUAUAAGCAUCAACUCCUGUAAGUUUCCAAUAUAUUGUCAAUCACAAAUUUUUAAAUAGCUGGAAAUUUUUAAUGCUUGUAAGCUUACAUUUAUAUAAGUGAUCAAUUUUCUUUCCUUCUGUGAAAUGAUAUAUUAUAAAUCGAAGUAGGACGGUCGCUCUCUCUCUCUCUCUCUCUCUCUCUCUCUCUCUCUCUGAAUAUGGACAUACAGAGACCGUAAAUAAUUAUGUGGUUCCAAAAGAGACAACAAAACUAUAUUUUCGUUUAUAAAUUUCCUUUCAUAUGUGUCUUUGUGUAAUGAACUGUUUAUUAUGGAUUGCAAAUGUAAUACACGCAUUUGCACACAGAUGUAUAUUUUCGAUCAUUAUUCCCUUAUUUGUAUAUCCAAGUUUGUAUAUGAUCAUCGAGAAAUUUUGAAUUGUGCACGCAAUAUAUCCAACCAGAUAUUAGAUUCCCCAUUUCUAUAAACUGCAAAACCUCGACCAGACAAGCAUUCAAUACAGGAAAAAUUUUCGACUCUGACAUCUCCCCUGAUUGAAGACACACUGUUUGGCACGGGUGAAGUGUGUCGCAGUCUGUAUAAUGGAAUGAGAACGUGUUGUAAAGUUCUAACGAGAUACAAAUGGAGUUUAUCAUUUUGUUUCGUUAAUUUAUCAGAAUAAAGAGAAUCUAAUAUUUUCGGUAAGUGCACAUCUCCGAUACCUGUUGAAUAGACGCCCGUAUUUGAUACUUUUUUUUUUAGCGAUUAUACCUUGUGCAUUGCAUAUUAUGCAUAUGGCCUGCACCUUUAUUUUGCAAGAAUUGAUAUAAAUAAUAUAUUUUAUGCUCUUUGCCUAUUCCAUUCUAUCAGUAUGUAAUUGGCAAAUGAUUUAUCCGCAUUUAUUUUAUUAGAAAAUGCAAAUACUUGCAUGCACUUGCAAGUAUGCAAGAAAAGUUUUUUUUGUUUUUUUUUUUGUAUUUUUGUCUAACUUAUCUAAACUUCCAGAAUGUUGCGUUAGUAUACAAUCAACAUUUUGUAAUUUUGAGCAAAGCAUAAUGUUUUAAAAUGUUAUUUUAUUUGUUUCUCAUUCCCUAUAUAUUACUAUCGGAGAUGUGCACUGGUCGAGUCCACCUAGAAAAAUCACUCAGGUGUGAAAAUCACAUUUGGGGUAUAUACGGGUAGAGUAAAUUAGGCUACCUGAGAGAAAUAUGGCGGAUAAGAUGAGAAAAGUGUACGUAUUUAUUAAUUCAUGUCAGCUUUAAGGAUGAGUCCAAAUUAGUCAUAUAUUUUGAUGUUUUAAUGUUAAUACACCUAUUAUUUAAAGCCUUUUAUCAGUGUAUGCACUUUUGAGGGCAGUGAAGUUUUAAGAACACAUCUUGUUGGUGAACAUUAAAAUUUAGAUUAGAUAUUCAGAACAGGAUUUUUUUUUUCUAGAUUUCAUAGCUCAUGGAAGUAGUGAUACUUUUUCACUAAUAUUCAGGUGAGCGAUAAGGCCUGUGGGCCUCUUGUUUAGGAGUUCUCGCGACAUCCGUUAAUGACUUGGAUAUGUCACCAAGAUCCUUUUGUAUCUGCUUUUUCGGUCAUUUUGAUUACACAAAUCAAGGAUCACAGUGUCACAAAUAUACAGUAUGUCUAUGCAAGUACUCAGUUACAUUUGGCACAUGUAGCGUAAACACCGUCGCGGUGGCCGAGAGGUUAGAGCGUUCGCCCCGCAUGCGGAAGACCCGGGGUUCGAAUCCCGGCCGCGUCACACCUAAGUCGUUAAAACAGGUAGUGACAGUUCCAUCGCCAAACGCUCGGCAUCAGGUGUGAAUGUCACGGGUCCUCGGAGAUGACCUUAAAAACGGAUGACCCGUGUCACAGUAGGUGUGGCACGCUAAAGAACCCUCACUGCUCAAUGGCCGUACAUAGGCCUAAAUUUGAAGGCCUUCACCGGUCUUGGUGACGUCUCCAUAUGAGUGAAAAAUUCUCGAGUGAGACGUUAAGCAAGAUACAAUCAAUCAAUCAGUAUAGCAUAAACUAUUUCAAUCAUAGUUUAAAUCAAUGCAUGAAUCCAGAACGACAUCAGGAGGGUGAGCAGAAAUCAUAUCAACAAAGGAUCGUCAGUUUUUCGGAAUUACUCACAUUUUAUAGCUAAGAUUUUAGCGAAACAUGAUCUCAACAUCCUAUAGCACUCCUUUGAUCUUCUAGAAAAUUUCUGGCAACCCACCCCAAGAUUUAAUAGAUGGUUUUUUUCACUUAUCUGUACGAGCUGUUUUGUGACUGACCACUUACUACCAAGGGCGCUUAACUCUUCCUUUUGUUGAGUAGCUUCUAAAUCAGUCUGAAAAUUCAAUAAACUUGAGUGACUGAUGGAUUUAGAUACAUAUAAUGUGUAUGUUAAUAUAGCCCUUUAAUUGGAAUUCCCAUGGGCACGAAUAGUUUAUUUGCCAAUUAUCCACAUCGUAAGCGGUAUUAUUUUUGUGGAUGUAAGCGACAACCGGAAGCAGGACAUCGCACCGGACAAACAACCACGAUUGUGACGAUAUAGCGUUAACUAUAUCUCAUCAAAUAACUAUGCCAGUGAAACAUUGCUGUUAUGGAAAUUGUAUUAGUGACUCUAGAUAUAUCGGUAAACGACCAGAAAUGAAUGGUGUCUUCUUUCUACCGUUCCCGAAACCAAAAACACAGUUCGAAAAGUGCCAACGAUGGGUUCGGCUUUGUGGGCGAAAAUAUUUUGGCGUGGAAAAUAUAACCAAGGACACCUAUAUUUGUUGUAAGCAUUUUGUGGGUGAGAAGGGGCCUACUACAUCUCACCCAGAUCCCUUGCCAGCCGCAGCUACGGAAUUUGAACGGAAAAGAUUAUUCAGUAAACGCAAGAGGAAGGCUCCUUCAGAAAGAAAGAAUGAAACACCUGUUACUAAAAGUAGAAAAAGACUUAUUUAUGAGGAACCCGAGGAAGACUUGACCCAGGAAGCAGACUUAAAUGAAGGCAUCGAGUCUAAUCACCAGGAAUUUGGAACAUUUGACCAUAUUUAUUCAAAAAAGAAACCAGAGACAGGGGAAUUUAUUACAGAGCCAGAGUCUGAAGAAACUGCAACUUCAAUCUUAUGGAUGCCUGAAGCUGAUGUUUAUAUAGACCUUACAGAAGAUGUUACAGUAGAGGUGACAACAUCUUACUGUGAUUCACAGACUCAAACUGACGAUAAUGCUAUGGUUACCAGUGUCGAUACAAAAGAAAUAGAAGUGCAGACAGAAAUUUGUUUGGAUAACUUAUGUGAAUUUACAACUGAAGAUUUCCAGAAACACACCAAUAUCACAAGAAAGUUAUUUAUGAAAUCAGUGCUCAAAGAUGACGAAUCUUGUAAAUUCUACACAGGACUGACAAUAGCAAUGCUCACUUAUGUGUUCACAUGGCUGCAAAAGAAGGCAGAAAAACUCAACUACUGGAGAGGUCAAGACACAACAGAAUCUAAAACUAACAUUAAAGUUGGACCGAAGAGGAAACUAACAACUAAGGAGGAAUUUAUCAUAACACUUGUUAGACUGAGAAGAGGCUUUGAUGUGGAAGUAAUAAGUGAUUUAUUUGGAGUGCACCCAUCUCAAAUAAGUAGAAUUUUCACAACUUGGAUCAAUUUUUUGUACGCAGAAUUGAAGUUUCUUAUUUCAUGGCCAUCCCGAGAACAAAUUGCUUCCAAUAUUCCAAAGGCAUUCAAACAUUUUCCAACGACAAGAUCAAUUAUAGACUGCACAGAGUUCUUUGUACAAAAGCCAAGUCUGCCCUCUUCUCAGCGUGUAACAUGGUCUCAGUACAAACAUCACAACACUUUUAAAGCACUAAUUUCAAUUUCACCUACUGGAACUUUCACCCUUAUUUCCAAAUUAUUCACAGGAAGUAUUUCAGAUCGUCGCAUUGUUGAAGAGAGUGGCUUUUUGGAGAAAAUAGAGCACGGUGAUGACAUUAUGGCUGACAGGGGUUUUUUAAUACGUGAUAUGUUAGCCAGACGAUCUGCCACUUUAAACAUACCACCGUUUUCUAUGGGAAAGCAGUUGAGUAGUCGUGCCGUAACAAAGACACGCAGAAUUGCAAGUGCUCGCAUUCAUGUGGAGCGUGCAAUAGGCAGGUUAAAAACAUUCAAAAUUUUGCAAGGAGUUAUGCCUCUUAAACUGCAUGCAUUGUUUGAUCAAAUUGUAGGUGUGUGUGGAGUGUUAUGUAAUUUAGAUACACAACUAGUGAAGUAAAGUUAAUAAAUUAAGAAAUGCAAAUUGACCAAUAAAGUUUCAUCUUUUUAUUGUGACAUCAUCAUAUAUUUGUAUGGUUAAAG